UUGGCACUCACCAAAAGUCCACCACACUCCCCUUCUCAUCUACAAAAUGUUCAUCACCUCCUCUAUCAGCCACCACUCACCACCACUCUCCCCGGCAGCACCACCAAAAACUCCGACACCCUCCUCCACAAAAUGUCAUCCUUUUCUGUCAAGUUCUUGGCACCUCCCAUGCUACAAAACACAAGCUUCUACACCAAGAAUUCCAGGCUACAUGCAACUCCUCCAGCUCAAACAGCCGUGCCACCGCCUUCUGCUGCCGUAGAAGGCGGUGAUGGUGGCGAAAGGCUGGAGGCUAGAGUGGAAAAAAGAGAAGGCUACUGGGUUUUGAAGGAGAAGUUCAGGAAAGGUAUUAAUCCUCAGGAGAAGGUUAAGAUUGAGAGUGAGCCCAUGAAGUUGUUUGUUGAGAAUGGUAUUGAAGAUCUUGCUAAGAUUCCUAUUGAAGAUCUUGAUAAGUUGAAAGCUACUAAGGAUGAUGUUGAUGUUAGGCUUAAGUGGCUUGGUCUCUUCCACAGGAGAAAGCAUCACUAUGGUAGAUUUAUGAUGAGAUUGAAGCUACCGAAUGGAGUUACAACAAGUGCACAAACUCGAUACCUUGCUAGUGUCAUAAGGCAGUAUGGGAAGGAGGGUUGUGCAGAUGUUACCACUAGACAAAACUGGCAAAUUCGGGGUGUAGUACUACCUGAUGUGCCAGCAAUACUAAAGGGACUCGACGAGGUUGGUCUGACAAGUUUGCAGAGUGGGAUGGAUAACGUGAGAAAUCCGGUUGGAAAUCCGCUUGCAGGAAUUGAUCCGGAUGAGAUUGUUGAUACAAGGCCUUAUACGAAUUUGCUAUCCCAAUUCAUCACUGCUAAUUCGCGUGGAAAUACAGAUUUCACUAACUUGCCUAGAAAAUGGAAUGUGUGUGUUAUCGGUUCACAUGAUCUGUACGAGCAUCCCCAUAUUAAUGACCUUGCUUACAUGCCUGCCACAAAGAACGGAAGAUUUGGAUUCAAUUUGCUAGUUGGCGGAUUCUUUAGCCCAAAAAGAUGUGCUGAGGCAAUUCCUCUUGAUGCCUGGGUUCCAGCAGAUGAUGUGAUUCCAUUGUGUAAAGCAGUGUUAGAAGCUUACAGAGACCUCGGUACACGGGGGAACAGACAGAAAACCAGAAUGAUGUGGCUAAUUGAUGAACUGGGUGUAGAGGGAUUUCGGUCUGAAGUUGUGAAGAGAAUGCCUCAGCAAGAGCUAGAGAGAUCAUCUUCCGAAGACUUGGUACAAGCACAAUGGGAGAGGAGAGACUAUCUUGGUGUCCACCCACAAAAACAAGAGGGCUUCAGUUUCGUAGGCCUUCAUAUUCCAGUCGGACGUGUUCAAGCCGAUGACAUGGAUGAGCUAGCUCGACUAGCAGACGAGUACGGAUCAGGUGAACUACGUCUUACUGUGGAGCAAAACAUCAUCAUCCCAAAUAUUGAAAACUCUAAGCUCGAUGCCUUGCUCAAUGAGCCUCUUUUGAAGGAAAGGUUCUUACCCGAGCCACACAUUCUCUUAAAAGGACUAGUAGCUUGUACUGGCAAUCAGUUCUGUGGACAAGCCAUAAUCGAGACCAAGGCCCGGGCUCUCCAAGUGACUGAAGACGUGGGACGACUAGUGUCUGUGACCCGACCCAUUCGUAUGCACUGGACCGGCUGCCCAAACACGUGUGGACAAGUUCAAGUUGCUGAUAUCGGGUUCAUGGGGUGCAUGACAAGGGAUGAAAAUGGGAAGCCUUGUGAAGGCGCGGACGUGUUCUUGGGAGGGAGGAUCGGAAGCGACUCACAUUUGGGAGAAAUCUAUAAAAAAGGUGUCCCUUGUAAGGACUUGGUGCCAUUAGUUGCGGAAAUUUUGGUCCAAAAAUUUGGUGCAGUCCCAAUAGAAAGGGAAGAAGCUGAAGAUUAGUUAUCACUUUUAGUAACCUUCAAUCUUCCUGGCCUUUUGAUCAUGCAAGUCUAGCACCGUGAACCUGUGCUUAACGCGAUAGUCAAGUGUUUACUCGAAAACGGAGCCAAGAACAUAUCUACAGUAUUCGAGACCUUACAAUCAUGUCCAGUGGUUACUGUCGUUUUUUGUUUUCUCAUGAGAUAUAUAGUACUGUGAUACAAUUUGUUUCAGGGCUCUCAUACAAGUACCAAAAUGUGCAAGUAUAUUUGCAAGAACAUUGAUUUUCGACAAUGUAAUAAGUACACUAUAUUUUUAAUUUUUGUGAAAUAAAGAUAUCUUACUUUUCUUUCCAUGUA